AUGGCGGGGAAAAAAGACAAGGAGCAGAACAAGAAGAACAAGAAGGGGGAGAAAGAUGCGAGCUCGAAGAAGAAGAAAUCAUCUAGUGACCUUUGCACUCAAAGACAGAAGCUCAAGAUCAUCGAAGGCGACGGGAACUGUCUUUUCCGCGCCAUCGCCGAUCAGUUACAUGGCGAUGAAUCAUUACAUCACAGAGAGAGGGAGAAGACGGUUAACUACAUGGAAGAUCACAAAGAUCAAUUCGCCUGCUUCAUGGAUGAAUCUGAAUCCUUCGAAGAUUAUUGCAGUAGAAUGCGAGAGAAUGGGGAAUGGGGAGGAAAUAUGGAGAUAGUAGCGAAUGCUUCCUGCAACCAAAUGAGCAUAGCGAUCCAUCAGGCUGACAUGCCAUGUUUCAUCGUUUCGCCACUGUCAGACAAACAAGCUUGUGUCAAGCGAACAUUGCACAUCAGCUUGCAUGAUGGCAACUGUGAAGCAUGGGCUCACUACAACAGCGUGCGGCGCGAGGACGACCAGGAGGAGGGAGCGAUUCCAAAACCGAUCAACCUGACGAGCAUGGGAGAUGGUUCCCAGAAAGCUUUAUCCGGAGAGAAACCUGAUCGUGCAGAGCAACAAGUAAUGAGAGGAACAGGAGUGAAUGAUGUGGCGUUUGUUCGCAAAGUGUUGGGAGAGGUCGAUGGGGACGAGGAUGCAGCGAUCGAGUAUAUCAUCUCCACAGGAAGAGAGGAGAGGAAGGAGAGCGAAGGGGACGCGGAGGAAACGCUGCUGUCGAACCUCAAAGAAGGGACAGACAAGGAGGGAGAGGACAAGGGCAAGCCCUCUGCAAAAACGCGGAAGGAGGCCAAGGAGGCGAAGAAGGCAGCCAAGAGAUUGAGCAAGCUGAUUAAGAAAGGGAAGGAGGAGGAGAAUUCGGUCCAGGAGCUUCACACUGGUUUUCAGGUUUUGGCGAUAUAA